CUGUUGUCGGUAUCCUCAUUGACUAUGUGGGGCUGCGCGGUGUGUUUGCGGGGCUCUGUGCUGUAUUGACGCUGCCUGUGUUUGGCCUGCUGGCCUUCACAUUCGUCCCUCCUCUCAUAUCAACCAUCUGGCUCGGCAUCACUUACUCAUUCGCUGCUGCGAGCAUGUGGCCCUCCGUCCCGCUGGUGGUUCCUCAAGCCACACUGGGCACAGCGAUGGGGCUGGCCAAAUCCGUACAGAUGGUCAGCAUCGGCAUCUCUAACCUGGUGGUGGGACAGAUACUGGGAACCAAGUCCAGUGAUGUUAAGAUCCCGCUGUGGACAUGGCAAUAUAUGAUGAUCUUCAUGCUGGCCAAUACCAUCAGCUGCAUAAUCGCCUCUACCGUACUCAACAUCGUUGACUACAGACAGGGAAGCAUUCUGAAUAAGACGACUAAGAGAUCACAGAGAACCGCUGAUGAAUGAAGAGGACAACGAGGAGAUAAACGACGCUCCCUCCAUCAACAGGACAUAGAGGAAUCGCUCACAUU